AAAAUCUCCAAAAAAAAAAUAUUGAGGGCAUUAUUCUCAACUCACCGCACCACCGUUCCACCGUCGUCCGCCGUCGUUGUCUCAUCUCUCUGAUUUCUGCUCCCUCUAGCAGGUUUUCAGGCUUUCAGCAUUUAAAAAAUGGUGUCGGGAUUAAUAAAUGCAAACCCUAUCAUAUACGAAAAGAAGCAGCGUCAACAACGUUCUACUCAAUCCCUUCAAGGUGAUGAAUACACUGUCGAACCAAUUGAUCAACUAGAGGUUUUUGAUCAUAUAAGAGAUAUCAAGGAUCCUGAGCAUCCAUACUCUUUGGAAGAACUCAAGGUGAUAACGGAAGAAGCUGUCGAAGUCAAUGAUCAGAAUAGUUAUGUCAGGGUAACAUUUACUCCAACAGUGAAACAUUGUAGUAUGGCACCGAUUAUAGGUCUUUGCUUAAGGGUCAAGCUCUUGAGAAGUUUGCCUUCGCGGUACAAGGUGGACAUCAGAGUAGCACCUGGAUCUCACGCAACUGAAGCUACAGUUAACAAACAACUGAAUGAUAAAGAGCGUGUAGCAGCUGCACUUGAAAACCCAAACCUUGUGGUUAUGGUUGAUGAAUGCCUUGCGCCAUCUUAUGAUUGAAGGAGCUUUCUUUAUUCCCAAUUCUACGAGUAUGUAGAUGCUUUUGAACCUGUGCUAGUAGUUGCUCAAUUUUAUUUGUAUGAUAUUUUUGUUUAGAUUGCUGAGUACACAGUUGAAGGUUUUG